UGUGUCAUUGUUAUAUCUGUAGCGUAACUUAAAAAACUUACACCCUGCCACACUGUAUAACUCUAAGCGGAUAACAUCAGGUUUGAGGGGAUUGAACGCCAUUCCGGCUUUACAGUGAGUUAGGGUUUUGAGAUUAUGGCUUCCCUCUGCUCCAAUCUUCAUCCUCCGUUUCUCUCUCUGGUUCUUCCCCGCCAAAAUACGGCUUCCAGUUGCUUUUUCAUCAACCGGGUAAAAUUCAAUCUGAAAAAGGUGUCAACAACGAGAAGAAUAACUUGCAAGAAGGCGAGUUCAAGGGGCCCUGAUAAUGAUAGGUUUGUGAGAAGUAAGAUCGAGAAAACUGUGGCGAAGCAGGGAGACAAAAAAUUUGUUCAUGAAGGUUUAAUUACUGAAUCACUUCCCAAUGGUAUGUUUCGAGUUCUUUUAGACAAUCAAGAUUUAAUUCUAGGUUAUCUUUCUGGAAAGAUACGAAAAAAUUUCGUACGAGUAUUGCCUGGAGACAGAGUUAGAGUUGAAUUGAGUCCUUAUGAUUCAACCAAGGGACGUAUAGUUUAUAGGCUUCGUAACAAGGAUGCAAGUGGAUAGUAGGCUAGAUUCUCCAAGAAAUUUGUGCUCUGACAAUCAGUCACUAGGAGUCGAUGUGAGGAACCUCCAACUAUUAAAACAGGGCCCUGUUGAGUGUAAGAGAACAAAAAAACAAUUUGUUGUCUUUUGAGAAACUCCUCAAGCGGUUGAUUAAUUGGUUCACCGUGCAAAACUACAAACCUGAUGAAGAUUGGAGGAACAAUAUGGCAGUUAGUUUAACUGGCGAGUUUCUUGGUGACAUGGCAAAGAUUUGGACAAGUCUUGGCUUCCCUUGGAGCUUGGGGAAUUUCGAGAUUGGUGAGAAUUAAUCUUGUUUUGUAGCCUUACUUUUGAAAGUUAUUUUAGCAUUCUCAACCUUUCUUUGAAUAGUUUUGAUAAAUGUAUUUCUUUACUUGAAUUGAAACGUAUCUAUUUUUUCUAAUUGUUGAAUUUCCAUGUACAAUUUACAUACUUAAAGUAACUUGACUGCGCAUGGAUGUGCUUUUCAACCUUGAUUUGGGUAGUCUUACUGAAAUUGAAAUGCUUGAGGAAUUUCUUGAAUUCAAAGAAUCCUGAUUAGAGCUAGUAACUAUGCUAAAGAGAUUGAAUUAGAGGGGAGUGAAGUUAUUGAGAAGCUUUCUUGCAAACAGGAUGAAAAGAAAUGAAAUUCUGUUUUAGCUAAGCUGAAUGCUAUUGAUACUGCCACGACACAUUUGGUGCCGAUCACUGGCUGAUUAUUGAGAGAUUCUAGUGGUGUUUGGAUAUGUAGCUACAAUGCAAGCAUAGGAUUGGCUUCUGUUGUUUCUGCAAAUCGCUGGAGUAAAACGGCUGACUUAUAAUUGAUUGGGAAAGUCAUUGCUAGUUAGCAGUGGAAUCCGGCUGAGCCAUGGGCAAAGUAAAGAUACCAACGAAUGAAAAUGUGUAUCUGUAGGGUCCGACUGAAGAUUGCCUAACGCAUUGAGGGAAACUAGAUUUGCAUUCUUCAACAAGUUUGCAUAGAGGAGUAGCACUGCUGACAAAAUAACGGGGAAGAAAAGUAGUGGGACAGUGAUGGGUUACAGCUUCUCUUCACAAAUAUGACCCAGCCACUCGAAGAUAAUGCUUGGCCGUCUGCAGGGCUUGUGUUUCUCUUCUUGUUUCUGUUCCUUGAAACUGACUCAACUCUGCACCCAGUUGUUGCCUUUCUCCAUUAGAUUGAAGUCUAUUAACACGAAGGUCUGGGUUUAUCUACCCUCUUCUGUGUUUUUGUGUUUUCCUUCUCUCUCUCUCUCUCUCUGGUUAAGGAGAGAGAAUAAUAAUUAAACUUUAGAUCAUAUCAUAUAUCAACUAAUUUCUGUCGUUUGGAUU